CUCAGUUAACGUAAACUAAAACUCUACUUCAACAUGUCUGGACGCGGUAAAGGAGGCAAAGUCAAGGGAAAGGCAAAGUCCCGUUCAUCUCGUGCUGGUCUCCAGUUCCCGGUAGGCCGUAUUCACCGUCUACUGCGCAAGGGAAACUAUGCCGAACGCGUCGGUGCUGGUGCUCCCGUGUAUCUGGCCGCCGUGAUGGAAUAUUUGGCUGCUGAAGUGUUGGAAUUAGCAGGAAAUGCUGCCCGUGACAACAAGAAGACCCGAAUCAUUCCACGUCAUCUGCAAUUGGCCAUCCGUAACGACGAGGAGUUGAACAAACUUCUGUCCGGUGUCACCAUUGCCCAGGGAGGUGUCUUGCCAAACAUUCAAGCCGUUCUGCUGCCCAAGAAGACCGAAAAGAAAGCCUAAAUAAUUUUCACCACCUAUCGAACAAAAACCGUCCUUAUCAGGACGAACAAAAUUGUACAUGAUGAGUUAAAGUCUUUUUUGAAUUGCAUGUAAAACUAAUUCAAUCUAGAAUUUGUACGUUUAGUUGUGGAAAGUACCAACAUUUCAUUGGUUUGAGAUUUUUACCAAAGUAGAAAGUAACAUUGAAGAACUCGUUUUGUUCGCUCACUCUGAUUAAUAACUAAAAUAUUUUUACAUUUUUCAUGAUACUCUGGGCAUAGUAAGCUACUUAAAAACUUUUAUAAUUAAUGAAAGAGGAGAUAAAUCACUCAAUAUUAUUUAGGUCCUUUUGAAAAGUUACGCGAGAAAUAUCAAAUUAUACUAAUUGCUGCCCUUCAAAUUCAAAGAAUACUAUACUAAUUUUACUAAUAUACUCUAUAUUAAUUUUACUAUUUUACUCGUCUGGCCGAGGGAAAAAAAUUUCUAAGCCAAAAAUUCAUUCUAUUCCCGUUCAUUUUCGCAUUCUCGAAAAACUACAUACAUUGCCCGCUUCUCCAGGAAAUUAUAAUUGGUGAUAUUUGGCAGGAGGAACGAGGCUCGGUAUAGUAGAAUAGUAAGCGUGUAAAAAGAAAGGGUAACAUAACAUUACACACAAGCACUGAUAAAAAAUAAUAAUAAGCAUGCCACUUCUCAAAGGCAGUAUUGCUAAUAAUAAAAUGGCAGGAUACAGCAAACACCCGGGCAUAUCUCGAAUAGAUCAAUGAUUCUGGUCGCAGUGAGGAGAAAUGACCCAUAAGGAACACGAAAAGUGCAUGGGAGCUAGAA